GAAAAACAAAGAUGGCGACGUCUUAAUCACAAAACGGUGUAAAUGAGUUUAUCGGGAUAGGAACCUGCCUCUUUUGAGGCACUGGUGUCGCUUUAACACUGCUUCGAAAACAAGAAUAGCCUCCUCGAUAAGAUAAGUGUCUUGUAGGCGUUGUUAACGCCUCGGAAUACCCCGCGGACCGUGGUUAUUUUCUCCCCGCAAGCCUCCGGUGACAGCCGGGGAGGCGAGCCGCUGAGACGGGAUGGACAGCGGCGAGUACAUCUCCACCAUGGAAAACAUGGACACGACUCUAGCGGAACUGGGGGACGAAUUUACCCUGGGAGACAUCGACGAGAUGCUCCAGUUUGUCAGUAACCAGGUGGGCGACUUCCCGGACCUGUUUGAGGACCAGAUCAACUCAGCAGGCUCUCUCCAGAAUGGCACAGCCAGCAACACUCCACGACCUGCCAUUCAAACCCCUCAAGCCCCUCAAACUCCCCAGACCCCUCAGACCCCUCAGACCCCUCAGACGUCAAGCCCUGCUGUCUACCAGAGCCCCAGUGUCGGCCUCGCCCAAUCCCAGACGCUGUCUCCCCAGUCUGUACCCCUCACCCCUCCCCUCACCCCGGCUCAGACCCCCUCCUCCACCACCCCCACCUCCUCUGGGCAGCAGCAGGUGAACCGCAGCCCUCCGCUCCUGCAGCCGCGGCCCCAAGCAGUGCACCCCAUCCAGCCCCAGCCCCAGCAAACAGCCCAGCCCGCCAUACAGGUGCACACCCAGGGGAUCCCAGUCCAGACCCAGAGUUUCCCAGUCCACACCCUGGUCCAGACCCACAGCCAGACGCCGCUGCCCAUCCAGACCCAGGCGCCUCAAACUGUGAUGAUCGCCUCCAGUGGUGGCCAGUCACGUUUCAUCCAGAACCCAGUCAUCUGUCACCAGAGCCCCGCCCCCAGUUUCCAAGUCCUCCAGCCACAGGUGCAGAGCAUCAUGACAUCACCGCAGCUUCAGCCAAUGACCAUUCAGCACCAACGUGUCCUGACCCCAGCAGGUCAGACCAUCCAAACUCUCUCCACAGCGCCCACUGCAGUUCAUGCUGUGCAACCGCAAGUCCAACAGGUUUUGGUCCAGCAGCCUCAGAUCCUGAAGACAGACUCGCUGGUUCUGACAACGUUGAAGGCGGACGGUACGCAGGUUCUGUCAACCAUGCAGAACCCCGCUGGCAUCACCACACUGACCACUCCCAUCCAGACCACUGCCCUGCAAGUCCCGACUUUGAUGGGCAGCAACAUCCUGACCACCGUCCCUGUCAUGAUGGGAGGCGGGGACAAGCUGCCAAUCAAGCAGCUGCAGCCAGGCUCCUCCCACUGCGGAGGUGGAGCCAGGACAGUGGUGGAACAGGGCCAGGUGAUGGGAGGAGGAGUGGGUCAAGGAGGGGUUGUGAAGGAGGGUGAGAGGAGGACCACCCACAAUAUUAUCGAGAAGAGGUACAGGUCGUCCAUUAAUGACAAGAUCCUGGAACUUCGGGACCUGGUGAUGGGCAGCGAUGCAAAGAUGCACAAGUCAGGGGUUCUGAGGAAGGCCAUAGACUACAUCAAGUAUCUGCAGCAGGUCAACCACAAACUACGACAGGAGAACCUGGCCCUGAAGAUGGCCAACCAGAAGAACAAGCCUGUGAUACUUUCUGAAGAUGUGGAGCUCAAACAGGAAGUAGUGAUGAUGUCACCACCUGCCUCAGACUCUGGCUCUGGUUCCCCUCACCAGUUCUCUCCUUAUUGCAUCGAUUCUGAGCCAGGCAGCCCCUUACUGGACCAUGACCAAGUGAAGAGUGAGCCAGACUCUCCCUCCUCCGUCGGGGUGAUGGAUCGCUCUCGGCUGCUCCUGUGUGCCCUGACCUUCCUCUGUCUGUCUCUGAACCCUCUGCCGUCUCUGCUGGGCUCUGAGGCCUCAGGAAGCCCCAGCCUAUCAGCAGGCCAUGGGCCGUCCAGAUCACUGGUCUGGUUACCGAGCCACACGCAGGACUUUGCAUCAUGGCUGCGUUGCUUGUUGCCGUGGGUGAUGGUUUGGGUACUGAGUGGGGUGGGAGCGGUGUGGGGGUGUGUCAGGGUGCUCUACCUGUGGGAACCAGUCACACCCCUUCACUCCCCCAAGUCCGUGUCCUUCUGGAGGCACCGCAAACAGGCCGACGUGCAUCUCAACAGGGGUGACUACACAGCAGCAAUGGCCAGUUUAGAGACCUGCCUGUCUGUCUUGACCAGAGCCCUGCCUUCAACCAAUCUGGACUUGGUCUGCUCCCUGUCCUGGAAUCUGAUUCGUUACUGCCUGCAUCGUCCCACCCCUCUGGGCUGGCUGGUUCACCAAGUCGCAGGGAAACAUGAGGGGGAGGAGGCGAGGACCAGCGCGAGGGAUGCAGCUCUGGUCUACCAUCGUCUGAGCCAACUGCAGCUCACCGGGAAGCUGCCUCAGCGCAGCGGCCUGUGGGCCUUGUCUCUGUCUCUGAGUGCUGUCAACCUCAGCGAGAGCGCCCAGGGCAAGAUGGCUCCCGCCCAGCUUGCCCAGAUCUAUGUCACUGCAGCAACAGCGCUGCGCACCGUGCUGGGCCAUCACCUCUCCUGCCUGCCUGGUUACCUGUUGAGUUGUGCUGAGAGCGUGGCCAACCAAUCAGAGUCCAAGCCAAUCCCUGACUGCCUGCGGUGGCUCUUCACCCCAUUGGGCAGGCAGUUCUUCCUGAGCUGUGAUUGGUCGGUGAAAUCCGAGAACAGUGAUGGCGUCUACACAUCUCAGAGAGACCCAGCUGAUCCCAUUGCCCAGCUGCACCGCUGUUUCUGUGGGAAGCUGCUAGAGAGAGCCGUGCACACCCUCAUCCAGCCCCAGAGUGACUCUGAGGCAGGCAAACGCCAGGACGACUCUGGGGAGUUCUCCAGCGCCCUAGAGUUCCUUCAGUUGCUGAACAGCUGCACGGAGGAGUCUCCCUCCCCUCCUCCUCCCUUCUCUGCUCCUCCUAAUCACACCACCACGCCAGUUGGAGACCCAGUGAGUCGCUGGUGGGCGCUGGUCCUCAAGGCUGCUGUCCAUUGGCUGCAGGGUGAUGAUGUCAUGGUGAAGUCACUGCUGGCAGAGGCAGAACGCAUGCCCAGGGCUUUACACACACUUGACCACCCUCUGCCCAAGGCUGUCCUGCUGCUGUGCAAAGCGGUCCAGAUGAGUCUGUCCCCUCUGAAGGGAGAGGGUGCCUUAGCCUGCCUGUCCCACUGUGACAGAGCCAGCAGCUACCUGCGCUCCAGCAUCUCAGUCCCCCUUGCCCAGUCUGGCAACUGGCUCAACAAGGGUGUAGAGCUCCUGGUGUGCGACCUCCUGCUGACUCUGAGGACCAGCCUGUGGCAGCGAGGAAGCGGCAGCAAUGGGGAACCUGGCCCCGCCCCUGGAUCCCAAUUGGCUGGUUUCCAGAGGGACCUGAGCGCGCUCAGAAGGCUCGGACAGUGCUACAGACAGGCACAACACAAGGUGUUUCUCCAUGAGACCACGGUGAGGCUGAUGGCUGGAGCGAGUCCCACCAGGACACACCAGCUGCUGGAGCACAGCCUCCGACGCAGGACACACAGCUCCUACACAGCCGAGGGAGAGUGCAUCCUGGGUGAGAGGGAGAGGGCCCAUGCCAUCCUGCUGGCCUGCCGCCACCUGCCCAUGCCCCUGCUAACCCCGCCUGGGCACCGCGCCCGCCUGCUGGCCGAGGCCAAGCGCACUCUGGAGCGUGUGGGAGACCGGCGGUCCCUGCAGGACUGUCAGCAGAUCCUGCUGCGCCUCGGCGGGGGCACCACCAUCGCAGCCUCUUGAACAACAAGCACACACAUACUUACACACAAAUACACACUCACACACACAUACACACACAUGCAUACACACAGAUAUCAGCUAUUAGGGCUAACUUGCAUAGCAUAACAGCUGUGAUACAUACGUAAACUGGGCUACUCACCCAUCAGCAUCACACAAUGUAUAUUUAUGAGGCAUUCACACACUCGCACAGUUCAUGACAACAAGUAAAGGGACAUUUCCUCACACUGCCACACCCUCGUCACACAUGGACCGCUGAUUUUUACCAUCAUAGAUACAUCCCCAUUCCAACCCCGUAUCCACAUUAAAGGAAAUCGCACAGUGUGAGGCCAAAACACUGGAGGGCCAUGCAUGUGCUUUUCUGAAGCUUAGUGGCAUUUUUGCGGUGCAAUCACGCCACCUACUGGACAGUACUGAUGCCAUGCUGGCUUACUGCCACACUGUUAGUACUGCUACAGUACAAGGAGAAUCAGGUUAAAGGCCCCAAAGGGAAAAGGGACCAUUAUUUAAUGGCUAUUUAAAUUAAUGCAAUGCAGCACUGCAUUGAUUGGCUGUAGGAUAGAAGCUGUACAAUCAUUAUUGGCACAGCAAUGUCAGUGCUACAGUAAAUGUGUAAUGUCUCAUUUCACAUGCAAGCUUCAAUUAAGGGCUUCAGCGCAUUCAGGCUCAGCCGAGCUCUUAUUAGACUCGGCUGAGCAGCAGGAUGCAGGUGGGCAGACGAGCUUGCAUUUAGCUGUACAGUGCUGAGUAGUGUCUAUUCUUAUCUACCUCAUACACUGUACAAUGUCAGCAUUGUACUGUGGCGCAAUAUAGGAUACUUAAGCACCACAUCAGUGAACUUGAAUCGAAAUCAAGUUACAGUUUUAAGUGAUGCAUCAAUCCAUAGCAGUGUCGUUCUAAUAAUAGCACGCCGAGCAGCUUUAUUUAGAAACGGCAGCACAGCACAAAAUGAAUUUGACUUGCUGUUGCUGCGUUGUCUCGCUGGUGUGCUCUUGACUAUCAAAAACUGGAGAAUUGAGUGGAUUGGACAAACAUCUUUUAUUUAACAGAGGAAAGCAGCCAGUCACAUAAGCCUACACGCUGAAAAUGCCUACCUGCACACACGUUUAUGCACACACACUCUCACACACAUUAAAUCAUUCGCAUACAUACUCACAAUGUGAUUGUAUAUAGGUUGUACAUAGCCAGAUAGAAACAGUGGUCUUACAGUAGAUAAAAACAGGAUGUCCUUACCUACGGCUAGAGAGGGACACACAUCAAAGAAAGCCCUGUAACAUCAUCAAAGUGGGUGGUCAUGGUUUUGGUAAACGGGGCCUGAGAUCCUGGGCUAGAGCGAGGUGAGCCCUCUGGCCUCUCACGUAAACUGAAGUGAAAAUCGUCUCAUAACAUUUGGCCAUGAGCGAUGAAAGUGAGGAAUCAAAUUUCUAGUAAACGCUGUCCAUAUAUGAUGUAAAGCUCUCAAGCAUAAUGGCCUUCAUGUAGUUAUUAAUACAAAAAAAAAAAAUUUUAUUAUGUUUUAUCAUCUUUGAAAUGUCAAAGAAAUGCUAUUGAUGUGGAAUAUCGGUCCAUUUCACUUCCAUAAUUGUCUGUUGACUAAGACAUGACAUGUCUUUUGUCAUUCCUAUUUUUGUGCUCUGAUUAUCUUAUUUAAUGGUUAUGUAAUAUUAUUAUGAAUGCUCAGUUUUUUUUUUUUUGUUUUUUUUUAGGAAGUGAGCAGUUAUGUGAUUAUUAUUGUUUUAUAUUGGCAAAAGCAAACUAGGGACAGAAUCUGUUGGAGGAAGAGGGAGAAUUUUUAACAGAAGAAGUUGUAUAUUUUAUUGAAAAAGCAAAGUCUGCAUUUAACAAACUGGCAUGCUAUUUUAGGAACAUUCUCUCUUUGGUAGUUGUUGCUGAUGUUGAAAUAGAAGCAAACACACAAGUAUGCCCUGAGAAACUGACAGAAGUGAUCAACAUCUCACUGGGGGAAAAAAAAACUGUCUUCCAGCAUAAACCAGUUUGUCAGUUAUCCAUCCAGAUCCUGAAGAGUCCUGAAACCACUCGUAUCCAACUCUGUCAUCUCACAUUUUGUUUGCCUGACUGGUUAAUGUGUGCAAAGAAGGAAGAAAUGCACAACUAGCCAUCUGCAGAGGACAAAAUUGUUGCUAUUAUGUUACAAAAGAUCUCUUCUUUUUUUCCCCUUAUGUGUUGUAUGUAUUUUCUGAAUUUCUAUGUUUAUUUUGAUUUUUGUUUUUUAAUAAAACAACAGAUGACA